AGAUUAAUUCGCCGCUGCAGGUGCUCCCUGCAGACACUCCAGCUGGACUGAGGGCCCAGCCAUGUCUCUGGUGGCAGCUGGGCUGCUUCUCCUGGGCUUCAUUCUAGGUCCAGCAAUUGAUGCAGCCACCAACGUGUUGAAGGACAACACAGGAAACAAGCCCUUGCCUAGACCCUGGCUUUCUGCUGAGCCCGUGUCCUGGAUCACACCUGGCCUGAGCACAUUCCUGAUGUGCCAGGCGCCACUGCCAGAUGUAGCCUUCCUGCUGAAGCGGGAAGGAGAUGUUGGUUUCCCGGAAGUAGCUGAAACCAAUGGUUUCCUGGAACUAGCUGGACCCGAUGGUUUCCUGGGGACAGCUAAAGCCAGGAAAGGUGGCAAGGAACGGGCCACCUUCCUAGUCCACAAACCGGGCAACUACAGCUGCAGCUACCUAAUCCACACAUCAGCUGUGCCCUCUGCACCCAGUGACACUGUGACUAUCAAGGAGUAUGUCAUACCACCUCCACCGAUGCUGACCUCUUCCGGAAGUUUCACGGUGAUCCUACUUAAGAAGGUCCACAGGACCCUUGUCUGUGAGGCUCCACUGAUGGAUGUUGAAUUCCAGCUGAGGCAGGGCGAGCACCAGCUGAACCUUCCCUUCAUCAGCACCAGCCCAGAGCAGAUCAAGUUCUAUCUGAAACGAUCGGAUCUGGGGGACCAGAGCCCAUUCACCUGUCGCUACCGCCUACACAGCAAUACAGCUUGGUCCAAAGACAGUGAGCCCGUAGAGCUAAUGUGGAGUGAUGAGACACUGCCGGCACCAGAGCUCACUGCCGAGCCAUCGAAUCAGACCAUUGAGCCUGAUUCGAUGGUGCAGUUUCGAUGUACCGCCCCUAAGGCUGGCCUGCGCUUUGGCCUGCACCGUGAAGACCCGGACGAGAGCAUCCUGCUGCGGACGCUGAAGACAACUGGCAAUGAAGCUGUCUUUCAGCUGCACAACGUCUCAGUAGAAGACUCUGCCGACUACAGCUGCAUCUACAUGGAACUAGCCCCGCCCUUCUCAGGCUCCGCUACCAGCGAGUUCGUGGAGCUGACUGUGAACGGGCCACCACCACCACCAAAGCUCCAGGCACUAUGGACAGGUAAAGUACCUGCUGGCAGUGAUGUUGUUCUACGCUGCCAGAGCAAGGUGCCUGGGGUCAUCAUGGAGCUGCUGCGUGGUGGCAAAAUUGUCCCCUACAGGAUAUACAAAAUAACAAGCUCCUGGAGUGACCUGGGGCUACCCUUAGUGGGUCCCCGACAUACAGGCAACUACACCUGCCGCUAUACCUCCUGGAAUCCUGAUCCCUUCCACUCAGAACCCAGCAACCCUGUGGAGCUCAUAGUAGAAGAAAGGUGAUGUAGCUGCAGACACAGGACACAAUGGUAUUCUUGGAAAGAGGUGAAGAUGGGCAGAACUCCUAUGCUUCCUUCCCACUGCGAGAUGCAUUUCCCUCAAUCACCCUGUACUUAUUAAAGGUCAAGCAAGAGUUUA